AUGAAGAAAACUUAGCCUGAAUAUUACGGUAAGAACUUAUUAGGAUUUUCAUAAAUUUUAGAUACUUUUGUUUAUAAAAAAAAUGUGACUGUCCGUAUUCCUUUGAUCACUCAUAGAAUAUGGCUUACAGACAUUUUAUCUCCUGUUGAAAUUGAUUAAAUAUUAAAGAUAGAAGUAUUACAAGAAAUGGCUUAAAGUUAUAAAUUAUUAACAGAAUCUGCAAAAUAAAAUGGUUUGAAUUGGACCCAUUAUGCUUGGAUCUAAAAUAUGACUUUGCUACCUAAAACUGUAAAAAUCUUUUAAGACUUUGGAGUUGAGGUAAAAGAAAUUUAUGAUUUAGAAGCAAUGAAAAAUGAAAGAAAGAGGAGAUAAUUUGAAUACUAUGUGUAAGAUUUAAGAGCCAUAUCUGCAGGAACAGAUUUUCUAAGAGCAAUAACAGUAUUUGAAUACGGAGGAAUUUAUUUUGACAAUGACUAUUCUUUUAAAUAUUGGGAUUACAAUGUAAAUUACUAUUUUGAUUUCUUUGCUAUUUAUGUUCAUUACCCUUGGCCAUUUGGCGUAUUAGAGACAAAUUUUUUCGCUGCAAAAAAAGGUCACAUAGCAUUACAAGGCUAUAUUAAUCUUAUGGUAGAUGGCUUUAAAUUCAAUAACGAAUCCUAAGAGAGACAUUUUUAUUAGAAUGAUUGCAGUGUGAAGACAUAAGCAGUUGCCUUAUUUGGAACUGGACCUCAUGCAUUUGGUGCUUCAGUCUUAUACUAUCUUAAUCAAAAUGGUAAUUAGGAUAUAAUAGUUACUCAACUUAUCAAUCUGGACAAGUAUCCAAUAUAGAUUAUUGAUGAGAAAGGACAAUAAGGUACUCUUAUAUUAUAGACAAAAGGUAGGGAUAGAUUUAUGGCAACAUGGAAAAAUUCGAUGAGAGAUUUAUAAGCAUUUGGUUGGCAUGAUUUUACGGAUUUCUGA